AUGCUAAUGUCCCCGUCAUCACCAUUUCCGCCACCAGCACCAUCGGCGUCACCACCAACACGUAGAGGUUACCUAUGCGAGGUUUGGCAUCACUUGACUGCAAAAGCUGACGAUCCUAAAGCCGCAAAGAGAACUGAUGCGAUCUUGAUAGCUGCAUCAGUGAUUGCAGCUAUGAACUUCCAAGCAGUGAUCAGCCCACCUCGUGGCAUUUACCAAGAAACUAGAUACAACCUCAAGCAUCAGAUAUACAAAGCAGGAGAAGCCAUUGGUGCUCAUCUUGAUCCACAGGCGUAUAAGAAUUUCUAUCUGGCCAACACCAUUUCCUUUACUUCUUCUAUGAGCGCCAUGUUUCUGCUUCUUUGUAGCGUAUCAUUACAAAGAAGGAUUUUCACGAUCCUUACCACAGCCACGAUGUUUGCAGCAAUUACGGCAACAACAUACAGUUAUGCGCUGGCGUUAGAAUCCAUCACACCUUCACAAGAGAGGUCAUGGCUUUUUGUACAAAAAAUAGUCACGAUAGCUUUGGGCGGGUGGCUAGUGGUGGCUACUUUAAUCUUCUUCGGUUUCCUUUGGACUCAAUAUGAAGGGGCUCCAACGCAUAAAUGGCUUGUGAAGCAUGUUCCUGCUUUACGCAACUUUAUUAUUCAUGCAUGA